GCAGAACGUGUUUGAUUUAAAAUUAGUGGGACAAACUGAGACCAGUAUCACUCUACAGUGGAGCAGAUCUAGCAGCAUUGUCAACUUUGUUCUCCAGUAUAAUGGUAUCGAGACAGAAGUCGGAGCACAGAGUGGAAGUGGACCGGUAACAUACACAGUUUCAUCCCUCACCCCAGCAACUAAAUACACCUUUACUGUUUCUGAUGUGCUUGGAAAUGUUAGAAACCGAGGAGUACAACUUACAGCUGCCACUGCUCCUCAAAAUCCAACUGGCCUGCUGUCCUGAAGUGAAACAGAGACCAGUAUAACUCUGCAGUGGCAAAGAGUGAGCAACGUCACAAACUUCAUUCUGCAGUUCAACGGUACCAUGACAAGAGUUGAUGCUCCAGCUGGAAAUGGACCAAUAAAUCACACAGUCUCAUCACUUUCUGCUGAAACCACAUACACCUUCACGCUGUUCUCUGUGUUUGAGAAUGUUCAAAGUACUGGAGUCCAACUUGUUGCUCAGACUGGAUCUUCUUCAGAGAUAUUCAAUGCAGCUAAGAUGUUCAACCUCACCUUGUGCCCCAUAUUUUUUUAUCAGAACAUGUACCAGCAGGUCUAUGUCAACUUCACCAAUGAGAACUUUGUGAUUUGCUUCAAUGGUUUUUACAACCUCAGUAGCGACGGUGACUGCAUUAUUGGGCCUAAACCGGACUCUGAGGAAGCGAAAUUCAAGAUCAGGGAAAAAGAUGCUUCGUAUGAAGCACAAGUCAAAGGAGCCGUGCAAACCAUCACCAGCAGCAUGAAGUGCUAUGUGCAUUUUGAUUUGAUAUACAUGAACAAAGAAGUAAACCUAAACCUCUUCAGUUUUGGGGAACAAGCAGCUCUGCAUUUCAGUUCUGUCUCCAAUGACNUGAAACGAAUGAGGACGGCUCUGUGCUGGUUUGGCUUCGGAGGUGCCAGGGUGCGGUGGGCUCUCUCAAUGAUGAAGGAUCUAUCGGUCUCCAGCCAGCGCGGCAGCAUCUCCCGUAUAAACUCCAGUAAAGGCCGCUGUCCCUCAGCGCCCUCCCGGAGCCCAAAAAGGCGCAGAUUCUUCCUUCGGCCUCGGUUCUCCAAGUCGUCGGUCUUCGUCUCCAAAUACGGCAGAGGCGAUGAAGAAGUGGCGGCGAGUUUCGUUCGACAACGGAGGGACAUAACGCUGAAAAAUAGCGGGGAUCCAGGUGAAAAAAGGGUCCCAGCAUUCUCCCACACCACGCUCUUCUAUCUGGUUCCUCUUCACUAG